AUGAUCGUCGCGAGUGCCGGAGAUGAUGACAGCUCGAGUGCCGGUGAUAGUAGUGUUAAUAGUGGUUUAUUGCUGCACAAAAGCUGUGAGAGAUCUACUGCAGCCCGAUCCAAUUCUCGAAGCGGUCGAGUAGUUAUCGACAUCGCUACCACGGAUCUUAAGAACCGCGAGCUUCUGGCAAAAUUCGGAUAUUUUGGUCGAAAAGCCAGAGUUCAGCUGCCUAAAGUGCAGGAUGCUUGUCCCAGAAAGGAGAAAAGUGCUCUGACGCGUGACUUCUCGAGAUACGGAAGUCUUCAGGCCGAGUUGGAAAGUGACGACUCUACUGCAACGUUCGAUGUACAAAGGUUGAGCUUCGGGAUGUACCGAUUCAAGAGUUCGUGUCGAGCAGAGAACAUCAAGAAAAAGAUAAAUAGUCGAAAAAGUGCUGCUUACUUGAAGGUGAACAGCUCGCAGGUUGGAUCGGACGAAUCUGGUGAUGAUUUUGACACGUCUUCAAGUACGUACAGCUCGUCGAGUAAUCCAUCGAGUACCGUAAAGACGCACUCGUCACCCUUUUCCGUUUCAGAUCGGUUAGAAUUGCAGCUUCUGGUCUUGAAUCAGCCACAGAAGACGUGCGAAGAGCUUCCACUGCUGAAAUCACUCACUCGAAGCUCCGAAAUCGAUAUCGAGUCGAGAAGUUUACUUGAAGAAUUCGAGCAUGAUGCGUCCAUCAACAUCAAGGCAGAAGCGAGGAAGAUGUUCACGUUGGCAUACCCAGUCACGUUGGCGUAUGUGCUGGAAUUUGUUCCUCAACUGGUGAGCAUGACAUUAGUUGGCCACUUGGAUUCGCCAUUAACGAAGCAGUAUCUGGAUGGAGUAGCGCUCUCGACCAUGUGUAUGAACCUGACUGCUAUUGGAGUCGGCUUCGGUCUCGCCACAGCCAUGGACACGCUCUGUUCACAAGCGUAUGGUGCUGGGAAGUCACAAAACCUUGGUAUUUACCUCCAGAGUGGUUUGAUUGUGCUGGCACUCGCCAUGAUUCCCGUGUGUGCUAUCAACUGGUACACGGAAGCUAUUCUGCUUUUGAUCGGUCAGCCUGAGCAAGUCGCACGAUUCGCUGGACGUUUCAGUCGGAUCCUGCUUCCCGGGAUUCCAGCUAUGUACGUCUAUGAGAUGGUGAAGAAGGCGAUGCAAGCCCAGAAUAUCGUGCUGCCUAUGGUGUACAUCGCUGUGAUCAGCAAUCUCGUCAAUGCGCUUCUGGGCGUCUACCUCACGUUCUUCACGUCUCUGGGAUUCGACGGGGCAGCCAUUGCGCGACUGUGCUCGCAAGUGGUGCUUCCGCUGUGUUUCAUCCCAUAUUUUACACGCAAUCCGCAACUUUCUGCCGAGUGGUGGCCAGGUUGGCAACCGAAAGAAGCGAUCCAUCACUUGAGUACCUUUUUGCGACUUGGUCUGCCAGGAGCUGCAAUGAUGUUGUUGGAGUGGUGGUCGUUUGAGAUCAUGGCGGCGUUUGUGGGCUUAUUGCCUCGCAGUAUCGUCGCCAUUAGCGUGCAUUCGGUGCUCGUGAACGUGUCAACGUUCGCGUUCAACUUUUUCCUGGGCAUUUCAGUAGCCGCCAACGUCCUCGUCGGCAACUACACAGGCAGCAACAAGCCACUUCAUGCAAAGACGGCAUCGAUGUUGGGUAUGAUACUGUCCGUCUCUUUAUCAGCAGUCAUUGCCGUGAUUAUCGUGGCAACUCGGAAUGUCAUCCCGAAGAUUUUCAUCAAUGAUGCAUCAUCUAUUGAACUGGCAGGACAUGCACUGCUCGUUCUGAUGCCGUACCAAAUGUGCGAUGCGAUGAACGCUGUGAUGCAAGGGGUAUUCCGAGGCACGGGACGGCUCAUGCUUGGCGCUUACAUCAAUCUUUUCGCCUAUUUUGUAGUUGGUCUCCCGUUUGGCGUGUAUCUCGCUUUUUGGAUGGACAUGGGCGUCGAAGGCAUGUGGCUUGGUCUCACCGCAGGCAUUUUCUUCGGCUGUGUCGUGUCCCUUGUCAAGAUCUACGAGACCAAUUGGACGAGUAUGGCCGAUGCUGCUCGUGUCCGUACAGGUUAA